AAACUAUGCAUCAUCUGCAUGGUGCUUGGAGGAGCUAACGAAGAUCCUUGAGUGUAAGAAAACAAAACAACAAAUUGUUUUACCAGUAUUUUACCAUGUAGAUCCAUCAGAAGUACGAAAUCUGAGAGGAGGUUUUGGAGAAGCAUUGGCUAAACAUCAGGAGAGGUUCAAAGAGGACCCAAAGGUGCAGAGGUGGAAGGAAAGCCUACAAGAGGUUGCCGGUUUGGCUGGAGAACAUUUGGAAGACGGGAAUGAAUAUGAAUUUAUGGAUAAAAUCAUUCAAUGGGUGGACUCAAUAGUAGUUAAAUCUACAUACCAGUUAGACAUUGCUGAGUAUCCAAUUGGACUAGAUUCUCGUCUAAAUGACUUGAAUACUAAGUUAGAAAUUGGAAGGAAUGACAUUACUCUCAUGAUAGGGAUUUAUGGAACUGGUGGAAUUGGUAAAACAACUAUCGCCAAAGCAGUCUUUAACUCAAUUGGAUGUCAAUUUGAAGCUAGAUGUUUUCUAGCAUAUGUUAGAGAGAAAUCGAGUCCGAAGGACGGUCUAGGGCAACUGCAAGAGAAACUUCUUUAUGAGCUCUUAGGAAACUUUGGAAGUUUGAAUAUUGGCGGUGUUGGAGGUACUAAUGUUAUAAAGCAUAGGCUCUGCUCUAAAAGGGUACUUAUAAUUCUUGAUGAUGUGAAUGAGUCAUGCCAAUUACAAAAACUAGCUGGAAAUCAUAAUUGGUUCGGUCCAGGAAGUAGAAUAGUAAUAACAACAAGAGAUCAACAUCUAUUAACUCAUCAUCAAGUUGAUUCAACAUACGAAGUGCAGGGAUUGGACGACAACGAAGCUAUUCAACUAUUUAGUUUGCAUGCAUUUCGAAGAGACAAGCCAGUUGAAAGUUAUGUAGAACUCACAAAAGGUAUAAUAGGUUAUGCUAAGGGCCUUCCACUAGCUCUUACAGUGCUUGGUUCAGAUAUGCGUGGUAGAAGUAUAGAUGAAUGGAAAAGUGCAUUGGAAAAGUAUGAAAGAAUUCCUUGCAAGAAUAUUUAUGAAAUUCUUAAAAUAAGCUAUGACGGGCUGGAUGAUAAUGAAAAAAAUAUUUUUAUUGACAUUGCAUGUUUCUUCAAGGGGAAUUCUGUUGAAUAUGUCACGAAAAUACUAGGUCUUUCAUCAUAUUGUGGCAUUGUAAGGCUUAAAGAAAAGUGUCUCGUCAAUAUUGGUUAUCAUUAUGUGGGGAUGCAUGACUUAUUGCAAGAAAUGGGUAAAGAAAUUGUUCGACAAGAAUCGCGUAAAGAAGCUGGAGAACGUAGUAGAUUGUGGUCUUAUGAAGAUGUUCGUCAUGUAUUAGAAGAAAAUACUGUAAGAUGA